AUGGCCUUGAAUUCCGUCCUUGGUCAAGCACUCUCUCGAAACAAGGCGCAUGAGAAGGUUGACCUCUGGAAGGAACGAGAGAUUCAGGACAAGGGCAGCCGGUGUACCAUCUCUCUCAAAAGCCGAAAGGGAGAUGUGGUCCGCCAAGUCACUAAGGUACCUGAAGGCGCAGAGGUCACUAGCAAUGUUGUGAACCAGUUCGAGAACGAGAGGGAAGAGAAUGCAGCCAAAAAAGAGGAUGAGCUCUUGGAAAGGCUCGCAAAUGGCAAGGAUCCCACAUGGCGUCCUGAUCAGUACCUCUCCCAACUCAAGGGACAGGGAAAACUGAAAUUGAAGCUGCGACCGCAAGAUUGUUUGCGGAUGGACCCAGCUUUCUUACAGAAGGUGGUCGCAGAGUACAAGGCUCAAAAGAAGGCUGCAAAGAAGAAUAAAAAAAAGAAGAAACAGAAAAAGGAGAAGAAGAAGGCAGGAACGAAGGAGAAGAAAGAAAAGAAGGAUGCCAAGGUGAAGAAAGAAAAGAAGUGCCGGAAAGACAGAAAUGCAAGCGAAGAGGAGAACGCGGACAAGGAGGUGAAGAAGGAGCAUCACGAGGUCACGAGGAGAGCAACUCUGAACUCUGGUGAAGGACAGCUGGGAUCUUUCGUUGCUCUCUCCGUUUGA